UCCUUAUCUCUCUAUCAAAAUAGAUUUGGACGGCAUUUCAAGGUUUCUAAAUGAGUCACGAUAGAUCAUGGAUGUACAAAAGGCUUGCAAGACGAGAGGUUCUAAAUGAAGAUUUCAAGGAAGGAGUUACCGAGUUUAUUCAAGCGACGGUAGACUUAUAUCCAAGCGGUGUUAUUGCAUGUCCUUGUAGAAAGUGCAAGAAUAAAAAGUGGUUGACAUGGGAGAUUGUUAGACAACAUUUAUUUGAAAAAGGCUUUGUGGAAGACUAUUAUGUAUGGGCAGCACACGGAGAGCCAAACAAUUCAAAUGGUUUAGUUUAUUUGGAUGAGAGUAGCUCAUCUCGUGGUAAUACAUCUGGAGCGCAAUAUGAUUCGUACAAAUCAAUGCUUGAAGAUGCUAUGAGGAAUGAACUCCCAAUGGGAUUUGACCACAAUGACGCUGGAGAGGACGAACCUUGUCCAGUCACAACAGAGAUGUACGAAAUGUUAGAUACGAUGAGUCAACCAUGUUUUGAUGGCUGACCAAUGACGCAAUUGAGUGCAAUGACAGAGAUGUUGAAUUUAAAGAAAGAGAUGAGUUUAUCAGAAGGUGCAACUGAUAGAAUUUCUCAAUUCAUAAAUAGGUUUUUCCCAUCAAACAUUCCAAACAAACCAAUUCUUAAUUUCAAAAAAAUUAAAAGAAAACUAUCUGUGUUAGGAAUGAGCCAUCAAUCCAUUGAUUGUUGUCCGAAAGGGUGCAUGAUUUAUUGGAGAGCAAAUAGUGAGCUACUGAAGUGUAAAUUUUGCUCUACUGCAAGGUAUGACAUUAGCAAGCAGACAAAUAAGCGUAUUCCUCUUGCAAAAAUGGAGUACUUUCCUCUUACUCCUAGAUUGCAACGACUUUAUGCUUCAGCUACUACAUCGGAUGAUAUGAGGUGGCACAAAAAUCACCGCAGGAAGGAAGGAGUAAUGUGUCACCCAUCAGAUGCAAAGGCGUGGAUUCAUGUCAACAAUCUUUAUCCGAAAUUUGCUGAAGAUCCAAGAAAUGUUCAGCAAAUUAAUAUUCCAGUCCCUUUAAAGUUGUUCUCGUUGAGAGCAUGGUCUAAUAAAAGAUACUAAAUUAAGCUAGCCACACAAGAUAUUGUGUACAGGAUGCUUUGAGUAAAUUGUAUAAUGCUUGUCAAGAUGAUUUCCAACAAUAGUCUCAGCCUUCAAGUCAAGAAGAAAGUUCAACAACACCCAAG